UGUGAUGAUUGCAGGAAUGAACCCACCGGGCAUUCAUCGAGGCUUCCUAAGGAAAUAUGGUGGAUUCAUGUUUAAGCAGUGGAAGGAGAAGUACCUCAUCCUGACCAUAGAGGGAAACCUGCUCGUGUGCCGGGAUGCUGAAUCUUCUCCAGACCAGGUGGUGCUGCUGCAGAGCCACUGUGAGUCCAUCGCAGAGGGCAGAGAGAUCCUGGACCUGCCCAGGUUACCUCCAGGGGGCAGGAGAGACUGCUGCUUCGCCCUCAUCCUGCCUCAAAACAAGUUCCUGCUGCUGCUGUCAGACAGCCCUGAUGACUGCAUUCUUUGGCUCAAGCUCAUCAGAAAAGUCAGAGAGGGUGUCAUGUCACCGUUAAGCCUGCAGAGGCAGCCUAGCAUCACUCCCUGUAUCACCGACCGAGACCCCCUGCCUGAAGUCUCCAGCGAUAAGGAGCCUGGGUCGCCCAGGACGGGAGAGGGCACACCUCCAGUGUCACGAACCAUUGAGCGAGGAGGAUCUUUCAGAGAUGGAAGACAGACACAAGCUGGACCACGUCAGGCUGUGCGUAGUGUUUCUGUGGCUCCCCCUCAUCGUGUGUCAGAUUGUCUUCGCCAUGGCAACAGCAGUGAUGCUCGGGCAGUGAGGGCGGUAUGCCUGCUUAUGGGAGGGGCUGCAGCCUCCUCUGCUCUGGGCUACCUCAACUCAUGCUCCCCCUCGUCUCCCCUCGCCAGCAGAGCCCUAGAGAUGGCGCAUAGCACAGGGGGAUCCUCGGAGCUCUCCACGGAUGGCUCGUUCCAUGCCUGCAGCCAGGACGUCGACUCACCUCACUUCAACAGCUUUGACUUUGAGGGAGACUCUGACUUUGAUGCAUUUGACUGUGGAGGUUUUGCUUUUUAGUGAUGGAGAGAGAGAGAGAGAGAGAGGGAGGAACUAUU